UAUUAACCGCGAAUAUUCACCACUCUCUCUCUCUCUCUCUCUCUCUCUCUCAUGCAACUGCACGAACUUCAAGGCCUUUUUCUCUGCUCCUCUUUUUAUGUCAGCUUUCACUUCACACUUUACUCUCUCUCAUAACUGUACUCACUUCACUCUUUCAACUCAACUACCUCAUUUCCAGCAACAUUAUUAUUACCUCAUCUUCUUCUCUCUUCUCUUUUUCAUCACAAAAUCAUCAUGCUGUAACAUCUUCUUCUGUUAGAUUCUCUCAUCAGUAAUUACCUACCUGUUAUCUCUAUUUUGCCUUGACUGUAAGUGGAAAUUUCUGUGCCAAUUCAGCUGCUGAAGUUGCUCAUAUACAACAUUGGCAAUCACAAACAAUGAGCAGAAAGAGGCGUCUAAAUGAUUCAAAGAAUCCAUUCAAUUCUGACCCAUUUGAAGCAGUUAUCUUUGGCUCAUGGCAUCCUGUGGAGUUCAUAAAAGUUAAAUCAGGAUCUAUGAGCAUUCAUUUCACAGAUAAUCACCAUAUGGUUAUGGACAAAGGUACUUUAUCAGACAUUCGUAUAAGGUCAAGGAAAGCUACUGUGUCAGAUUGCUCCUGUUUCUUACGUCCUGGAAUCGACGUAUGCGUGCUAUCACCCCCUAAACGAGCCAAUGAUUCAGUUGGUUUAAAUCUUGAGCCUGUUUGGGCUGAUGCUAGAAUAAGUUCUAUACAGAGAAAACCCCAUGGCUCAGAGUGCUCGUGUCAGUUUUUCGUCAACUUCUAUGUUGAACAAGGUUCACUUGGUUUAGAAAUGAGAACUCUUUGUAAGGAUGUCAAAGUAUUCGGACUCAAUCAGAUCGCCAUCCUCCAAAAAAUCGAACACAGUCCAGGUGAAAAUCAGCCCCACCGGUGGUCUUCAUCCGAGGAUUCCUCUUCAUUACCACACACCAAAUUGCUUUUGGGAAAGUUCUUAAUCGAUCUUUCAUGGUUAGUUGUUACAUCGGUUGUCAAGAAUGUUUCGUUCUGUGCAAGAUCAGUAGAAAACAAGAUGGUGUAUCAAAUUUUGGGAGGUGAUAGUAGUAAUAGCUCAUCGUCGAACACCGAGUCUCAUAUUGAUGUCAUCGGAUUCAGAACCGAUGAUGGCAUGUUAGUACCAAUUGUUUCUCAAGUUGCUAUAACUAACACCAAGAGAGCUGAUCAUGCACAUGAAUCGCGUGCAGAUGAAGCGUCAUCAUCUUAUAAUGUCGACGGCCUACGACGUUCCAAACGCAGGCAUGUACAGCCAGAGCGUUACGUUGGCUGCGAAGUUAAAGAGUUGGAUGUUGGUACCUUUAGAAACAUGCCACCUGUCAGGAUAGAAACAUCCAAAGCAGUAGUAGAUGAAAUGUCAUUGCCGUUAUCAUUCUUGUUCCGUUUGCCGCAGAGCAGUCCGGAAAAGGGUGCCGACAAAUGUCAGAAGGCCAACAAACCAAAUGCUUGUCGGGAGCUUCUGGUGUAUAAUAGGAGGGCAAAAACCCAAGAGGGGAAGAAGACUUGUGGCGAUGUUGAUCAAAAGGUACAUAAAAAUUCACUUGCUAUCAUUCCUCUUCCUGAUCAAGAUGCUGAUCCAAUAGCCGUUGAGCAUUACGAUCCAAACGGCAACGUUGCUAGAAGUCAUGAACAUCAAUCACGUGAUAUUACUUCGCAGUAUAGUCAUUUGGUUAAUAAUCCUAAACCAAUGAAAAACAUCAAUUUAUUAGAUGUUCCUGGAAAAUCAGAUGAUGCUGAGAAGAACGACCAUGUUUCUUCACGAUGUCAAUUUUUUGGCUCUACUAAGUUACAAAGGAAGAGUAUAGGUGACUUGGAUGAUAUCGAUCUUGGAAAUAGAUGGGAAGGGAUAAAAAGAAAAUCGAAGACAGGAUUUCAUGAGGGAAAAUAUCGCUCAACUCAUUUAAGAAAUAAUGGCGAAGGAAGAAGUCACAAUUAUAAAGACAGAACUUUAAAUGCGGCUGCAUACAAGAGUUUGAUCCAUUCAUAUUUACAGAAUAUUAAUACAAUACCGGUCAUAGAAGAACCUCCUAUCACUGACCAGUGGAAGAAAUGUAACACAACAAACGGUGUUGGACAAAAUGUGGAAACCAAGAUUUCUCAUGGAGAGGAUGAUGUAGAAAAAGCUGAAAUAGAUAUGUUGUGGAAAGAACUUGAAGUGUCACUGGCAUCGAGUUAUUUUGAUGACUCAGAGGUUUCAAAUGCAAUUGUUUUGGCCGAGCCAGAGAAAAACUUAGAAGAAGUUUGUGAACAUGAUAAUAGAUUGGAUGAAGAAAUUGGAAUAUACUGCUGUAUAUGUGGCUUUGUGACCACCCAUAUCAGAGAUGUUAAUCCAAUUUUUGUUGAAAAUUCAGUGUGGCGCCAAGAGGAGAAGCAGAUUGAUGGAGGAGAAGAUAAAGAAGAGGCCACCAAGGAUGAUGAAGAUGAUGACUUCCAUUUUUUCCCGACCGACACUUCUCGUGAUGAACCGAUAUCGGAAGAAAACCAAAGCGUUUGGUCAUUAAUUCCUGAACUCAGAGAAAAAUUGCAUGUGCACCAAAAGAAAGCUUUUGAGUUUCUUUGGCGAAACAUUGCAGGGUCAACAAAUCCAGGGCUAAUUGAAGCCGAAUCCAAAAAAAGAGGUGGCUGUGUGAUAUCUCAUACUCCUGGAGCCGGAAAAACUUUUCUCAUCAUUGCUUUUCUUGUUAGCUACCUGAAGUUAUUCCCGGGGAAGAGACCUCUAGUUCUUGCUCCAAAAACUACGCUCUAUACUUGGUAUAAAGAAUUUAUCAAGUGGGAGAUUCCUAUACCGGUGUACUUGAUUCAUGGUCGUAGAACCUAUAGGGUGUUCAAGCAGAAUACAGUUGCUACUCUUCCUGGAGUUCCCAAGCCUACCGAUGAUGUCAAGCAUGUUUUGGAUUGCCUUGAGAAGAUCCAAAAAUGGCAUUCGCAUCCGAGUGUUCUAAUCAUGGGCUACACUUCGUUUUUAACAUUGAUGCGAGAGGAUUCAAAGUUUGCACACCGAAAGUUUAUGGCUCAAGUGUUGAGGGAAAGUCCUGGACUCUUGGUACUUGAUGAAGGUCACAACCCUAGAAGUACCAAAUCAAGGUUGCGAAAAUGUUUGAUGAAAGUGCAAACCGAAUUGAGAAUAUUGCUUUCCGGUACUUUGUUUCAAAAUAAUUUCUGCGAAUACUUCAACACUCUAUGCUUGGCAAGACCGAAAUUCCCUCACGAAGUGUUGAAAGCAUUAGACCCUAAAUACAAGAGGAAAAAGAAAGGAGUAGACCAAAAAGGAGCAGAAAAGGCGCAAUAUUUGAUCGAGUCACGGGCAAGAAAAUUCUUCUUAGAUACAAUUGCUAGGAAAAUUGACUCUAAUGUUGGAGAGGAAAGAAUUCAAGGCUUAAACAUGUUGAGAAAUGUGACAAAUGGUUUUAUCGAUGUUUAUGAAGCUGGAAGUUCUGAUGGUUUACCAGGUUUACAAAUUUAUACACUGCUAAUGAAUACAACCGAUAUACAGCAUGAGAUUCUGCAGAAACUUCACAGCGACAUGUUUAAGUGCAGUGGAUACCCUCUCGAGUUAGAGCUUUUGAUAACACUUGGAUCAAUACAUCCUUGGCUGGUCAAAACCGCGGUGUGUUCUCAGAAGUUUUUAACAAAGGAGCAAUUGAGUGAUCUUGAUAAGUACAAGUUUGAUUUGAAAAUAGGUUCAAAAGUAAGAUUUGUUUUGAGCCUUAUCUAUCGUGUUGUCAAGAACGAAAAGGUUCUUAUCUUUUGCCACAACAUUGCGCCUGUUCGCUUAUUUCAAGAAUAUUUCGAGAAGUACUUUGGAUGGCAAAAAGGCCGUGAAGUUUUAGUACUAACCGGGGAACUCGAGCUCUUUGAACGUGGGAAAAUAAUGGAUAAAUUUGAGGAGCCUGGUGGAGUAUCAAAGAUUCUACUUGCUUCAAUCACAGCUUGUGCUGAAGGGAUUAGUUUGACAGCUGCCUCUCGUGUGAUCAUGUUGGAUUCAGAGUGGAACCCUUCUAAAACAAAGCAAGCUAUUGCGCGAGCGUUUCGCCCCGGUCAGCAGAAAAUGGUUUAUGUUUAUCAGCUCUUGGUGACAGGUUCGUUGGAGGAAGAUAAGUACCGAAGAACCACUUGGAAAGAGUGGGUGUCGAGCAUGAUUUUCAGCGAGGCAUUUGUCGAAGAUCCUUCUCGUUGGCAAGCUGAGAAGAUUGAAGAUGAUAUUCUAAGGGAAAUGGUCGAGGAGGAUAAGUCUAAAUCAUUCCAUAUGAUCAUGAAGAAUGAAAAGGCUUCAACAAAAACAUAAAAGGACUAUUAUGGAGCAUCAAUAAAGGAUCCAAGUCCACUUCUUAACAAUCUUUAUUAUGGAGAGUCCAGUAUGUUUUAUUUUUAUUUAACAAACUGGUGGAUUUGGUUCAGGCAAAUUCCAGUUAUGUACUAGUGAUAAACUUCAUUUUUUUUCUUCUUUCAAUUUUAGUACUUUGGAGGUUUACCUAAUUGUAUGUAUGGUACUUUUAGAUGGGCUAUAAUUAAUUUUAGUGGUGUAAAAUUGAUUCUGACAUGUUUGGUUGUUCAAGAGUAUAAUAGACUUUGCCUCUAGAAUUGAUUAUACAUGAAGUUAGAAAUUGAAGCUUUGAUUUUAA